UGUAGGUGGCGAUGGCGGACCGAAGCAGCAGCACGCCGCAGAAAAAGAAGAAGCUGUGAUGGCGCGGAGCAGCACGUAAACAGAUGUGAACAGAUGUUUUAGCGCAUAGAAACAGGACAGCUGCUCCGACAGAGACCCGAGGAAGAGAUGAGAGAGAGCGGAGUCAGAAGGCGCGACGGGACGGACUGAGGCUGCAGAGAGAGGCGCACUGACGGUUAGGGAGCUCCGCUAACACCGCUGCUAACAGCUAACACAUGCUAACAGCGGUUAACAGCUACAACCCGCUGCUGGAGGUCCGCCUCACCAGGUGUCCAGGUUCUGCUCUAACUGCUGAGUGGAUCUGUGUGACCCAUCCGAGUAGCGAUGGCAGCACGUGGGCGGGGGCAGAGGAUGCUAAGUUUCACUAUGGAAACAGUCAAAGGAGAUGCUCCACCUCCAUCGGUGCAGCAGCCCACACCUGUGUUUCCUGUGAUGGAGCGGAAGCCCCUCCCCCUGACAGGCGGGGAGGAGGCGGAGUAUCUGUUGGCCCUGAAGCAGGAUUUCAGAGGCGCCAUGAGGAGUCUGCCCUGCUUCAUCCAGCCGCUGGUGACUCACAGAGAUGUGGAGCGUUACUCUGAUAAGUACAACAGAAGCGAGCAGAUGGACAAGCUGCUGGACUGGGCUCCAGACUGGAAGAGAUUCCCCAGAGAGCUCCGAGUCCACGUCAGGCAACCUGCCAGAGACAGUGUAUCGGCCGCCGUUCAGUCUCCUCCUCCUCCUCAGAUGAAGAAGAAGGGUGUAAAGGAUAAAGAGGAGGUGCUGCUCAAACUGGAGAGCCUGGAGAAGAAGGAGGAGCAGGAGACGUCAGAGGACGAGGAGGGAGAGACGAAGAAGAAGCAGGAGGAGGAGGAGGCAGAGGGAGAGGAGGAGUACGACGAAGAGGAGUUCGAGGAGGAGACGGAUUACAUCAUGUCAUACUUUGAUAACGGCGAGGAUUUUGGCGGCGACAGCGAUGACAACAUGGACGAGGCUAUUUACUAAAGCACCAGCACACAUGACUUCCAGUCACAUGUUCCUGCAGUCUGACCGAAGUCGAGUCAGACCGACGAUGAUGAUGAUGAUGAUGAGACUUUUUCUGAAUGUUUUUAAACUUUUGUACAAAAUGUAAUCAGUUUUAUUUUCUGCUGCUGGACCAAUAAAAACAGCACGUCUCACACACGCUCUGUAAGCAUUUCAGGGAACGUUCCUCCUGGAACCAGCUGAUCGUGACAGGAAGCAGCAGCUGGUCUGAGGAGGACCAUCGUUACACUCGUGCCUGUGGUAAAACAAAAACUAGUAACACACAGCAACAACAACAACAGCAUCUGGUAACAUCUAGCACCCAGGCCUCACAGUCAGAGGACAUGCACAGCUGUGGAGGAGCGUCAUAUCAAAAUAGACGGAGCGACAUCGUCAUUAGGAAAGGAGAGACUGAGGUCAGAUGAAUGGCUGCUUUCACCAUGAGUCACUCGCUGUGUCCGAAUUCAGGGGAAGGAUGCUUAAAAUGCCAUAUUUGGAGGCAAUGACUUCACAGCAACGCGACGAAGGCUGUCCGAAUUCAAGAGCGACAAAUGCGUCCUACUUUUACCCAAAUGUUAAGGAUGGGUCCGAUGUAUCCUUCGUGUCCUACUAUAUCCCAGGAUUCAUUGCAGGUCAUACAGGAGAUUUGUUCCUGAUAACGAUGGUGGUCGAAGAGGAAAACGCUUUCAAAUUUAAGUAUAUAAAAUCUGGUUGUACAAAAGUUAAAUUGUUGUAGCGGCCGUGUUGUUAAGCUUUGGGCAUCUGCAGAGACAUGUUCCUUUUAUUUAAAUAACCGUAAACCAGCUUGUAUCGCGGGUCCCGCGGUUUUUCAUGUAAUGCCGCUUACAUACAGCUAAUUUAGAUUUUUUUGAAUUGGUGACAUGUUGUGGGGAACAAAGACCAAACGGCUUAAUUUAUUAAAACGAGGAGAAAACGAUCACCUCUUUACUGGGGUGAAGAAUUGGGCCGCUACGGCGUGGAGGUACAAGAAUAAAUCACUUUACACAUCAUAUUCAUAUGAGUGCGGUCCCAUUAACCCUCAUGCUGCACAGCAGCGGUCCCCAACCUUUGUUGCGCCACAGACACGGAGCCUUUAAGGUGUCGCAGAUGAAUGCAACCACAUAAAAUGACCAAGACAAAAUCUGGUAUUUUGUAAAUAUAAUAACAAACGUGAAUGUACUGUGUAAUUGUGUAACUUUAUUAGCAGCGUCCUCCUGAAAAUGUGCCAACAUUGAGAGUAACAUCCUCCUCUCUGCCGCUUAAUGCUCUCUGGUCGCUAUGGUAACGUGUAAAUAUUUCUUUCAAAAUAAGACGCACAACUACAACAAGGGAAAGACCCAGGGAAACCGCAUUAACGAUAAAACCCCUGAAAACCAUAAAUUUCACAGCGGAGCCUCAACUCCCGUGGCCCGGUACCACACCACUCACGGACCGCUGCUGACCUGUGAUGUCCACACGGCGUUCCUCUGGUGUCUGAAAGUCACCCCCUUGCAGGCCAGAAGACAUGAGAUAACUUUAAAAAAUACAAAGUACAUCUGUGUGUUAUCAAGAAGAUAAUUCUUAAGAACACAAGUUAAUAAAUGUGCAACUACUAA